AUGGCUGACUUGUGCAAAGGCUCUGGAAGAGGACAAAAGUCCAGCAAGUUUGCCAAGUUUGAGGAGAUUAUAGCUGAGCGGAAACGAGACAAGAAGCUUGGAAGGAAGGAACAAGCACCUGCGCCGCGUGAGCUGCCGGUGCACAACGAUCCGGGUUCCGUCAUCAAGACGCGUGUGGUUAAUGGUGAGAUUGUGCUGGACCCGGAAUCGCUGACGGUGGAUCGAAGUCAACGACUGGCAGACUUGGAUGGGCCACGGGAAGUAGUGGACGUGGAUGACAUGAAGCGACGCGUCAAUAGUGCAUCGCAUGGGAAACCAAUCGGCAAGGUACGAUGGGAUGAUACAGCCACGGAGCAGUUCUACACUGCCCUCUCGCAAUGGGGCACCGACUUUGAGAUGAUCGCGCAAAUGUUCCCCUCAAGAGACAGGAAGCAAAUCAAGAGCAAGUUUACGUUGGAGGAACGCAGGAAUCCACACCUCAUCACGCGAGCCUUGAUUCGCAAGAAACCUGUGGAUAUGGAGGUGUAUGCCAAGCAGUCGGCAAAGACAUUCAGGCCGAUUGAGGAGCUUGAGGCGGAAUUGCAGCAGCUCAGGGACCGGUAUGAGGAGGAGCGACAAGCAUCGAUGAAGGAGGCAGAGCAGCGCAAGCAAGAGAUGCAGAGCCAGGCACAAGCGAUGCCUGCUCUCCCAGAGAAGCGCAAGUCUCGGCGUCUGCGUGCAGGCGAUGAUGGCGUUGAGCUGCUGGGGACGAUCGAGGAGGUGGAGGAUGCAGCGAAAUUGCAGGCGAGACACGAAGACGACGACGACGAGGACGACUAA